CAUGCUGCUGCUGAUGGUGGGGAACCUCAUCAUCCUGCCGGUGGGCAUCACCUUUUUCAAGGACGAGAACACGCCGCCCUGGAUCGUCUUCAACGUGCUCUCGGACACCUUCUUCCUGGCCGACCUGGUGCUGAACUUCCGCACGGGCAUCGUGGUGGAGGACAACACGGAGAUCAUCCUGGACCCGCGCACCAUCAAGAGGAAGUACCUGAAGAGCUGGUUCCUGGUGGACUUCAUCUCCUCCAUCCCCGUGGACUACAUCUUCCUCUUUGGCUGGGGAGAUCCAGGGG